AUGUACAACACUUCUCAAACGUUGAAGAUGACUGCGUACGGCGUGGUCGAGGGCUAUAAGUUCUGUCUCUUCGCUCUCUUCCUCCUGCUCUACUUCCUGACGGUGGUCCUCAACGUGGUUCUGAUCGCCGUCAUCCACCAGAACAAAGAUCUGCACCAGCCCAUGAACAUCUUCACCUGCAUGCUGUCAGUCAAUGAGGUGUACGGCAGCUCCGCCCUGCUGCCGGCCACCAUGCUCACCCUGCUGUCGCGCACCCAUGAGGUCAGCGUGCGGUGGUGCACCGCGCAGGUCUUCUUCCUUCACACGUACGCCACCGCCGAGUUCUGCAUCCUGGCUCUGAUGGGCUACGACCGAUACCUGGCCAUCUGCUACCCGCUUCACUACUACAGCAUCAUGUCCAACUCCAGAAUCAGAAAGCUGAUAGUUUUAGUCGGUUUGUAUCCUUUCAUCAUAUUCACCUGCUACUUCUCGCUCACGCUGCGGCUCCGUAUCUGUGGAACAGUGAUGCCAAAGCUCCACUGCGUCAACAUGGAGCUGGUCAGGAACGCGUGCUCCAUCCCGCCCUACAUCAGCGCCGUAGGUCUGGCCCUGAUAACAUUCUGCGUGGUGCCUCAGGUUCUGAUGGUCUUUUUUUCGUACGCACAAAUCGCCAGGGUCUGUCUGAAGCUACAGAGAGUCUCUCAGCGAAGCGCUCUGAAGACCUGCGUCCCGCACCUCCUGUGUCUGCUCAACUACACCAUCGGCGGGUUGUUUGAGAUCAUCCAGAGUCGCUUCGACAUGAGGCACGUGGCCACAGAGGCUCGGCUCUUUCUGUCUCUAUACUUCCUCAUCAUUACACCUGUGGCCAACCCGGUCCUGUACGGGCUCGGAACCAACCUGGUCAGAAUCCACAUCCUGAAGCUUUUUGUUAAACCCGGGCUCUGGAAAUGGAAGACAGAAACCACAGCGGCGGGAGCUUGA